GUGAACCAAAGCAAAGCCAAGUGACCUUUAGUGAGAAUAGAGAGAUGUCUUCCAAAGCUCUCUUCCUCUUAUUAGCUUUCUUGUCCUUCUCAGCCGUGUCUCUCAGGCAUGCUUUGGCUGACAAUGAGCAAGACCCAGGUCUUGUAAUGAACUUUUACAAGGAUACAUGCCCUCAGGCUGAAGACAUUAUCAAAGAGCAAGUCAAGCUUCUCUACAAGCGCCACAAGAACACUGCUUUCUCAUGGCUCAGGAACAUCUUCCAUGACUGUGCUGUUCAGUCAUGUGAUGCCUCACUAUUACUGGACUCCACAAGAAGGACUUUGUCUGAGAAGGAGACAGACAGGAGCUUUGGGCUAAGGAACUUCAGGUACCUUGAUACCAUCAAAGAAGCUGUGGAGAGGGAGUGCCCUGGAGUAGUUUCAUGUGCAGAUAUCCUUGUGUUGUCUGCUAGAGAUGGCAUUGUUUCACUUGGAGGCCCUCAUAUCCCUCUCAAGACUGGAAGAAGAGAUGGUAGGAAGAGCAGAGCAGAUGUAGUUGAGCAAUACCUCCCAGACCACAAUGAGAGCAUCUCUGUAGUCCUUGAGAGGUUUUCUGCCAUGGGUGUUGAUACCCCUGGUUUGGUUGCUUUGCUAGGAGCUCACAGUGUUGGAAGAACUCACUGUGUAAAGCUAGUACACCGUUUGUACCCAGAAGUUGACCCUGCACUCAACCCUGACCAUGUUGAGCACAUGCUCUACAAGUGCCCUGACGCAAUCCCAGACCCCAAGGCUGUUCAAUAUGUGAGAAAUGACCGUGGCACACCAAUGGUUCUAGACAACAAUUAUUACAGGAACAUAUUGGAUAACAAGGGCUUGUUGAUAGUGGACCACCAACUAGCAACAGACAAGAGGACAAAGCCUUAUGUGAAGAAAAUGGCAAAAAGCCAGGCCUACUUCUUCAAGGAGUUUGCUAAAGCCAUCACCAAACUCUCUGAGAACAACCCUUUAACUGGUACGAAGGGUGAGAUCCGAAAGCAGUGUAAUGUUGCUAACAAGCAUCAUUAAAAGCUCUACUAUAAGUUUAGCUCUUCUUUCCUUGUCUGUAUGAGGGGAAGAAGAGUAAGAAUAGCAGAAUAAUAUGGGCUUUCCAGAUCAGUUUGUUCUUUAAUGGGCAGUGUUUGGUGCAAGUGAGUGGUACCAGAAGUGAUAACCAUGUAGAGCACAAACACUGCUUUUAGGUGUAAGUUUAUCCUUUCUUUUUGUGAAGUUGAAAUUAUGGGCAUGAUGGAUGUCGGACUUGUGUAUAUAUGUAUGGAUGGUUUGUUAAGCGUGGAUUGCAAUAUGAUGGUUAUUGAUGAUUCAUGCAAA